UAUGCUCUCCUCAAAAUUUAUUAGUCCUAAAAUACAUAAUUCUAAUCCAUUCAUUUAUACUACCAGACCUUAAAGUCCUUCAACAAGUCUAAGAUAAAGUACACCUACCAAAUCAGAAAUCAAAUCGCCUUUACUUAUUUUUAAUAACACUGCCAAUUCAUGGAGAGAUUGCUAAUAAAAUAGAAAUCCUGCUGAAUUUAAAAAGUUUUAAAAAACUAUGGAAUAAUUAAUGAAAAAACCAAAAAAAAAUACUUGAUAUCAUUAAG